AAUCGACUUCUUGGCAGCACUAAAACGAAAGUCGCGCGAACGCCGGUAACGGAACUCUUCCAACGGAACGCAGCGCAGCGCGUCGCGUCAACGUCGGCGUUUCCGUUUAUCCGUUUUGGCCGCAGAGCAGCAGCACAAACAAGCAAACCAGACGCAAGAACCGAAACGAAAGUGAAAAAGACCGCAAACUAGGAACCAUAAUAAUCAUAAUAAUCAUAAAAAAGGCAUACACACACAUUACACACACACCUAAAAAGACUGCAAUAUCUGCCUUAAAAAACCGAGGGAACGAAGGAGCCCAUCAUCAGUAUAGAGAUUGAUUCCAUCACGAUCCGGAUCCGUGGAUUAUCUAAAGGAGCAGCGAGUAGAUUUAAGGCAUCCUGGAAAGCUGGAAAGCUAUCACAAUGAGUUCGUUCAUCGAGCUGCUGGGAUUAUUCCUGGUGCUGAUGCUGCCAUUUCUCUACGAAACGAAUCAUAUAUUUCGUUAUUAUUUCAAAUUUUUAAUGUACUAUGGGAUUGUUUCGUUCAACUCGAUUGUCCUUAUACCGGCCUUCCUGACGCGUCCCUGCGAUGUCCGCAAUUUGCUCUGGGCCAGCACUUGGUGUCAUCGCAUUUCAACGCUUAUUGGUCUACGCUGGGAGCUGCGUGGCAAAGAACAUUUGGCCAAGGAUCAGGCCUGCAUCAUAGUGGCCAAUCAUCAGAGCUCCCUAGAUGUGCUGGGCAUGUUCGACAUCUGGCAUGUGAUGAACAAGUGCACGGUGGUGGCCAAACGUGAACUCUUUUAUGCCUGGCCCUUUGGUCUUGCCGCCUGGCUGGCGGGUUUAAUUUUCAUCGAUCGGGUGCGUGGUGAAAAGGCUCGGGAAACCCUCAACGAUGUGAAUCGUAGGAUCAAACAGCAACGCAUCAAAUUGUGGGUUUUCCCUGAGGGUACACGUCGCAAUACCGGCGAAUUGCAUCCAUUCAAAAAGGGUGCCUUUCACAUGGCCAUCGAUCAACAGAUACCGAUUUUACCGGUUGUCUUCAGCUCUUAUGGGACAUUCCUCAAUGACAAGAAGAAAAUAUUGAAUGCAGGACGCAUUGUGAUCACCACACUGCCGCCGGUUAGCACGGAGGGACUCACCAAGGAUGACAUCGAUGUUCUAAUGGAUCGUGUUAGGACACAAAUGAGUGAUACCUUCAGGUUGACCUCGGCGGAGGCAUUGCAACGUUACAAGCCAAUGAUGAAGGGAAGCACCAACAGCAGUAGUAGUAAUAGUAAUAGCAAUAAUAGUAAUAGUAUGGCAGCAACAACGAUUCCACCAGUGGCAGAUGUUGCAGUGGCCGCUGUGGCAAGCAGGAGCAGUGCCGGGAGCAGCAGCACCAGUUCUCCAUAUGGACAGGCAACGGGUUAUGGCAAGGCCAGCAUGCUCAAGACGUUGUAGGGCUUCACACACUCCCAAAAUCACUCAACUCAACACACACACAUCCAAAGAACACACCAUUGCAAUGUUGUUAGUUUACAAUUUUAAAAAAGAAGAAGAAAAAACGGAGAAAACUAAAUUA